AUGGAAGGAAAUAAGGAGACUGUAAUUUUUACAAGAAUUCUAAUAUUUAUUCUACUAACAUGGCCAUGUCUAUAUCUUAACAAAAGUAGUACAUUUGAGACAUCAUUGGAUAAUACAUGCAAUAAUAGAAAAAUGUUAUAUAUACGAAAUGAACGAUCAUUAGCAAAAAAUGAUUUUCCAAAAAAACGUGAAAAUAAAGACUUAAGAGAACCUCUAUCACUUCAGAAGGAACAUACAAACUUAAAAAAUAAAUCAGAAAAUAUACCAAUGAAUAAAACAAAUGAAGUGUGUAGAAAAAAUGGUAUUCCUCUUAAUAACAAUGGAUUAAAAGCAUUUCUAUCUUACCAUAAUGGAAAUAUGAAGUUCAUGAAUGAGGCAGAAUAUAUGCCAUUAAAUAAAAAAGUUGAUGGAUGUAGAACAAAUGACAAUCCUCAUAAUAACAGAGGAUUAAAAGGAACAUUAUCUUAUAAUAAGGAAAAUAUGGGGUUAAAAAAUGAGGAAGGAAAUAAUCCACUAAAUAUAAAAGAUGAACGAUGUAGUAAAAAUGGAAAUUCUCAUCAUAACAAAAACUUAAAUGUAUCUUUAUCAUGUAAUAAGGAAGAAAUAACGUUAAAAAAUAACUCAAAAAAUAUAACAACAAAUAAGGAAAUAGAAAAAUAUGCAAAAAGUAGCCUUCUUUGUGAUAAAAAAGGCUUAAAUGAAGCAACAACAAAAUAUAAAAAAUUAAAAUGUAUUGAUAAUUACUUUGAAAAAAAAAUAUUUAGUCACCUUGAAAAAUUAUAUAAGCAUAAAGAACACGAUAAUAUUAUGAAUAAAAAUUCAAAAAGAAGCUCUUUUAGAAUGAAGUGCGUAUGUGGUUUUUUAUUUCCCGGUAUUGUUUUAGUCGGAGCAAUAAUUUAUAUAUUUUUUGGAGCACUUCCAAGAUUUGGUUCUAAUGGGAUUUCGAGUAUGAGUUCUAUUGACAAUUUAUAUGCUAUACCAUUCGUUGCAAUACUUGCUAUUUAUUUAGCAGCAGUUAUUUAUAUUAUCAUAAAAGUUGUAAAAUAUAAAAGAUUAAAAAGCACAAAGAGAUACAUAUAA